CGGAGAGGACCGCAACCCACUCACUAUCCCACACAACGAGCGGCCCAAUGCGCGCCAUCCACUCGCUCGCCGCGCCACCGGGGCCACCGCCGGCGAGGCCACCUCCCCGGCGCGGUACGACGGCAGCCUCUGCCUCUCCCCUCCGGGAAUCCUCGCGGCCGCAGCCGCAGCCUCCUCCACCCGCGCCUCCGAGCCUCGCCUCCCGCCGCGCGGCGCUCCUCGCCCUCGCCAUGGUCGCGGCGCCGGCACGCCCCUUCGCCGCUGCCGCCUUCUCCCUCGGCAUCCCUGGACCGAAGGAGCUGUUGCGGGAGCAGAAGAAGAAGUCAGCGUCCUUCCUCCUCGCGCCCAUCGCCGCCUCCCGCGACACCCUCCUCAAAGCCCAAGCUCUCCUCGCUUCCCCAAAUGCGUCUGCUGAGGACGCCGAGGAGGUGAGGGGGCGGAUCGGUGCGGCGGGGAGGGAUUGCGUGCCGCGGCAGAGGAACUCGAUCGUCGCGUUCCAGUCGAAGACUGGCGUUGAG